AUGACUUCCGGCCGUGGCUAUGAGUUAUAUCGUCCAUUCCAUCAGUCAAUGGCAGUCAAUGAUCACACAAUCGACUACCUGCUAUUGCCAAUAUCUGCCUACUCUUCAGUUCAUUCGAGCAUAUUUGCAAAAUUACACGUAUUUUUACUGCGCAGUUAUUACCGAAAAUUGUGCAAAAUGCACUUUUCACAGAAAUUUUCUAUUAGCCUGCUAGUUUUGCUGAGCUGCGUCGUCUACCAGUCGUAUGCCAGCAUUAGCGCUGAAGCUGCACCUGUUGAUGCUGCCGAGGAAUUAUGCAUGUGUGGCCGCCAGUAUUCGCCUGUGUGUGGAUCCGAUUUGACCACCUACAACAAUCCCUGUCUCUUUGAAUGCGCACGCAAGAAGUUGGCCGCCAAGGGCCGCAGUUUGACGCAGGCGCGCUCGGGCGCUUGUGAUACCAUGGCACGUAGUCUAGCCGAUGUGGCAGCUGAUGAGGAAGCUGAGGCUGAUGACGAUAUGGAUUUGGUGGCAUGCGCCUGUGAUCGCAGUUUGGCACCAGUUUGCGGGUCGGACAAUCGCACUUACAGCAACCGCUGCAUCUUCGAGUGCAAGCGCUCCAUCCUGGCUCGUCUAGGCAGAGUUUUGACUAUCCUACGCGAGGGAGGUUGCAAAUGAGUUCGAUGGCAACUUACAUGGAAAUGAGUCAAAUAUUUUGUGUUGAUAUUCAGUUUUUGAAAAAUUUAAUAAAUAAAGCAGUUUAAAAAGCAAUUGACAAAAAGAA